UAAUAAGAUAUUUUUAUGUCCCUUAAACUUUCAUAUACACUUGGUAAUGGAAGAGCAGGUAAAAUAAUUGUGGCUGCUCAAUUAGCCAACGUCUAACUUAUUAGUGAUUUUGUAGAAUAUAAAUCUUUAGAGGUAAAAGAACUCCUAUUAAUCCUAGACACCUGCAUUUUUAGCUAAAAAUCCUGUUGGUAAGAUUCCAUUGUUAGAGACACCUGAAGGAUAUCUCACUGAAAGCAAUGCCAUUUUAUAAUAUGUUGCUAGAGGAACACCUUUAGUUGGAGUAACAGAGUUCUAAUAAGCUAAAGUAAGGUAAUGGUUAGAUUUUACAUCACUUGAAUUGGAACCUACUCUACUUGGUUUACUAUUACCAAUACUUGGUUAUUAAUUAACAACACCUAAAAAAUAAGAAGAAAUUAAGAAAGAAUUAAAUUGGAAAUUAAAAAUAUUAGAAAAUCAUUUUAAAGCAAACAAUUUCUUAGUAGGUGAAUUAUUGACUGUUGCUGAUCUAAAUUUAGCUACCUAUUUCUAAGGACUAUUUUAAUUUGCUUUUGACAAAUAAUAUAGAACUACAAUUCCAAAUAUUACUAGAUGGUACAAAUAUAUUUCAGAAAUACCAGCAUUUUAAAAUGUAAAAAAAAUAUAAUAUUACAUAAUAGUAUUAUGGAAGAACAAAAUAUUGUGUAAAAGCCUUCCCAAUUCAAUAUGAAUAAGAAUAAUAAUAAUAAUAAUAAUAAAAAUAAGAAUAAAAAUAAGAAUAAUCAUAAAAAUAAUAGAAGUAAUAAUAAUAAUAAUAAUAAUAAUAAUAAAAACCUGCUGCUUAAAAUGAUGAUGAAGAAGAAAAACCAAAAAAAUAAUAAUGUGAAUUUGAUUUAUUACCAUAAUCCCCUUUUAAUAUUGAUGAUUGGAAGAGAUAAUUUUUAGCAUCAAAAGAUUUUGCAAGUGAAUUUAAGACUUUUUGGAAUAUUUUUGAUUCUUAAGGAUGGUCAAUUUGGAUAGUUAAAUACAUUAAAGGUGAAUCAGAAGGAAAAGUGUUAAUUUAAUUUAGAAAUAAUUGUAGUGGAUUUUUAUAAAGAGCUGAUCCUCAUUUUAAGAAAUGGGCAUUUGCUAUUCAUGGUGUAUAUGGAGAUGUUCCUGAUCUUUAAAUUAGUGGUGCUUGGAUAUGGAGAGGAACUGAAAUCCCUUAAUAUUUGGUAUUAGUUUUGUUAAUCUAUAUAUAGAAAGAUCAUCCAACUUUUGAAUAUUUAUAAUUGACAAAACUUGACGCUUCAAAACCAGAAGACAGAGUACUAUUUGAAGAAUAUUGGUUAAAUUAGACUGAAGAUGAAUCAAAAGUUUAAGGACUUACAGCUAGAGCAUUAUAUUAUUUUAGAUGAAUUAAAUAUGUAUAAAAACACACAUAUGUCAUAAUGUAAAC